CCGAGCUGGCCGAGAUGCUGCAAGCUUGGGAGAACCGUGUGUACGUCUACAUUCUGGGCUACCGACCCAGGUAUUCGAGCUGGCACGACCAGACCGAGGCCGUCCGCUUCGAGGACAUGUACCUGGUGUUCGGCAUGCCGCUCAGGCCCGGCGUGCCUUCCAGCGAACUGGACAAGCAGUGGUCACGCACCAUGAUACACGUGUGGUCCACGUUCGCGCACACGGGGAAAGCGCCUGCGAUGGACGGUUCGAAGUGGCCAGUAUACGACCCUCUACGGCCCUCCUUCAUGAAGCUGGGUGUCGACGGCGUGAGCAUGGAGCGUGACACAAGGAGGCCGCGUUGCGACUUUUCUGCGCGACCACCGUAACCCGUACUGACCGGGAAGCGCCCCCAGCAGCGCCGCCUGCCAC